GCGGGCGGCGGGGAGCGGGCGGCGCAGCCCGGGCCGGGGGGACCCCGCCGCUCUUCGGAUAACGCCCGCUUGUCCCGGUAGCACGGACUCCCGCCCCGGGCAGCCCCGGAGCCCACCCCCGCCCCGAACGGGCCGAGUCCCCUCUGCCCCCGGGGCAGCCCCGGACCCCCCGGGCCGGUGUGAGGUGCCCCGGUACCGGGAUGGGACAGGACACGGGGUGCCCUGGCUGUCCCCCGGGUGUCCCCUCCCUCACCGCGCCCUGCCGCGUGCCGGGGCUGCCUCUGCCCCCCGGCCCGGGGCGGUGGGGUCGCGGGGCUGGGUGAGGAGCCCCCCGAGUGGGCUUACGGCUACCCGGCACCAGCACCCAGUCCUCUUCCCUGUCAGCAGGGUGCUCCUGCGUCCCCCAGAGUUGCUCCUGUGUCCCCCAGUGCCCCCAGGGAUGCCCCUGUGUCCCCCAAUGCCUCUGUGCCCCCAGGGGUGCCCCUGUGUCCCCAGCUGGACAAGCUGCCCCCAGACAAGACCCCCCCCCAUCUGCCCCUUCCAAGGCCUGAUCCUUUGUUCAGGGUGACUGCUUGGAGGGCUCACACCUCCUUUCUGCCCCGUGGGGCUGGGGGCCACGGCCGGAAGCCCCCUGAGCUGCUCCGUUACUCACCCUGAGCAUCCCCAGCUCCAGCUGGAGCAGGGGCCAGGAGGACAAACAGCAGUGCUGCUAGCUGGGAUGGGUGCUGGGCUGCAGCCCCAGGGUGGGUGCUGGCCAGGCUGGGUGCUUGGAGGCAACCCUGGGGGAGAGGGGGGCUCCAGCUCCAGCCCAGGGAAGGGAUGUCCCACACCAGGGAUGUGACCAUGCGUGUUCCCUGAGAGCAGCCCCCUGGGGCAGGCCAGAGCAUGGGUGCCCAGGGGUGGAUCCCUGUGAGCAUCAGCAGGUCUGAUCCCAUCCCAGCAUCCCUGCAACCCUCUCGCUGCACUGGCCACCAUGGUUGGGUGUGGAGGUGGCACCCCAAAGGGAUGACACUCUCUUUGGGGGGGAUGUGUGCUCCAAGACAGUUGGCUAGGAGUGUGGGUGUCUGUCUGGCAGGGAAGGGGUUAACGCCAUGGGGGUUUCGGGAUGCCAGGGUGUCCCCAGCCGGGUACACCCAGGCUAUUCCGCACACUGGUGACCUCACGCCACUGCCAUGGCAACGGCUCAUGAAGUCACUGGUCCUGAGAGCAGGGCAGCUGCCUCAAGCGUGAGGUGAUGGGAUGGGAGUGUGGGAGGCUGCCAAGCACUGUUCCCCCGCUCUCACUGCACCCCCCGGGUUCCCCCAGAAUAAGCUGUGCCCCCGCCAGCGCCGACACCUCCACCUGACCCCUGCCCUGCCUGCCCUGCCUGUACCACCAUGCUCAUCAAGGAGUACCGCAUCUGCAUGCCGCUCACUACCGAGGAGUACCGCGUGGGGCAGCUUUACACCAUCAGCAAGCACAGUCACCAGGAGAGCGAGAAGGGCGAGGGCGUGGAGGUGGUGAAGAACGAGCCCCAUGAGGACCCCGUCCACGGCCCUGGCCAGUUCACUGAGAAGCGUGUUCACCUCUCCAGCAAACUGCCGAGCUGGGCGCGGGCAGUGACCCCCCGCAUCUUCUACAUCACGGAAAAGGCCUGGAACUACUACCCCUACACCAUCACUGAGUACACGUGCUCCUUCCUGCCCAAGUUCUCCAUCUACAUCGAGACCAAGUACGAGGACAACUGCGGGGACAGUGAGAAUAUCUUCCACAGCGAUAAAAUCCUGGGCAACCACGAGGUCUCCUUCCUGGACAUUGCCUUUGACGAGAUCCCUGAGCGUUACUACCGCAGCCUGGAGGACCCCCGUUUCUUCAGCUCGGCCAAGACAGGCCGGGGACCACUGCGGGAGGGCUGGCGCCAGCACACCAAGCCCAUCAUGUGUUCCUACAAGCUGGUGAGCGUCAAGUUCGAGGUAUGGGGGCUGCAGACGCGGGUGGAGCAGUUUGUGCACAAGGUGAUCCGGGACAUCCUGCUGAUCGGGCACCGGCAGGCUUUCGCCUGGGUAGACGAGUGGUGCGGGAUGACAAUGGAGGAGGUGCGGUGCUAUGAGCGGAAGACGCAGGAGGCCACCAACGAGCUUAUCGGCCUGGUGGCACCCACCAUCUCAGUCAGCGAGGUGGGGCAGCCCACAGCCACGCAUUCGGCCCCUGCCAGCGCUCCCUCCACCCCACUCAGCGACGAGGCCCCCGAUUUCCUCGCUCCCCCCAAGACUCGCCCACGCAAGAAGUCAGCACCGGAGACCCUGACGCUGCCUGUGCUGCGGGAACGCGCCAGCGCUGAGUGAUGCUGUGCCACCACCCCAGCUGGACCGUGCCCACCCCACCGCCCACCACAGCCCUUCCAACAGGUGCUGACCCCAGGGAGGGACCCGCCAUCAGGGCACAGGGAGCCCCCAGGGAGGUACUGGCCUCCCCAAGCCAUUGCGGGUACCCACAUGGGACGUUGCCACCAUCGCUCUGCCAGACCUGCUGGCUGCGCGGGCAGGGGACGCCAGGCCUGUGUGUGCUCCCGGCAGCGUCAGGCGAUGCUGCAAGGGCCAGUUUGCCCAGCACUGCCCACCCCGGUUUCUGCAGGGGCUGCCAAGGCUGGUGAGCAGUGGGGCGGCAGCAGCCAGCCAGUGCCCACGUGCCGCAGCCGGGCUGGGCACCAGUGCCAGGCUGAGCAGCUGCGGGGCUCGUCGAGCAAUGCUGAAGCACCAAUGGCACAGGGACACAGUGCGUGUGACAGCCAGGUGCCCGGGCUGGGGGGUCCCCGCAGGACCCCAAGGGCUGCAUAGCCCUGUGCAUGGCAGGUCCCACAGUCGGGGUCCCCUUUGCCAUCCCUCUGGGGGCCGUGGCUGCCCUAGUGGGGCUGGGGCAGGCUCAGCCCUCUGUUUUCUUUAGGAAAACAAAGGCCUUUUCAGAAAUAAAAGCACGAGACCUG